AAAUUAAAUUAUAGACUGCAUGUAAUGAAAGCAUGAGAAAUUGUAUUUUACAUGGUGUGAGUGAUUGACCGUAUAUCUGAACCUGUCCCAUUUGUAACAAUCAUUGUUCUUGUUUCUAUUGCAUUUUGCAGUCAACUUCCUCUCGACAGCCAUUUCUUAGAAGCUCAAGGGAUAAUUGAUUAUAGCCUUCUUUUGGGUGUACAUUUCAUUGCUCCUCCCCAACUAAAUGGUCUCGUAGAACCUGCAAAUGCAAUACCCAAUCAAGAGAACACGCCUGAUGUGUGUGGUAGGUAUCACCUAUGGAUCCAACUGUUUCAUAGCAUAAACUGGAGAUGUUUGGUAUGGACAUGCAAAUAAUAAGAACUUGAACCUCAAUUUUGUUUUACUCCUUCCUGAUCUUUGUUUCCUUUUAAUUUAUUAUUUGAAUAGCAUGCAUGCAGCUUAUAAUCUGCUUCCACUAGGUGUGACCUCAGAAAGCGAAUGUUGAUUCCUCGAAAAGGCUUGCGUCUAGUGGUCCAUGAACCUAACUUUGUAGACACAGCACCAGGUCCCCACAUCAGAGGAAGUACAAUGAAGGUUACCAGUGCAACUAGGAGUAAACAUGCCAGCUCAGGCUUGUUAUCCCAACCAAGAAAAUGAGGCAGAUUCAGUAGAAGUUGAACCCUUCGAGGUCCCUGAUGUUGUUCUCUAUAUGGGCAUAAUUGAUAUCUUGCAGAAAUACAAUGUGAAAAAAAGAGCCGAACACGCUUACAAAUCAGUGAAAUUUAAUCCAGUGAAAAUAUCUGUUGUCGAUCCCCGGUUCUAUGCUCAACGGUUUAUCAGUUUCUUGCAGCAAAAAGUUUUCCCCGAGCAAUCAACAUCUUCCUCCUGAUUGCCAUUGUUUCUUAGUAUUAUCUUGUAUUUCCCCAUCCUUUUAGGAUUCUUUUACACAAAAUACAACCAUUCAUUGUUAAGGGAUGCCAUCUGCAACCUAUACAUAGUACUGUUUGUAAAGGGGUUAUUGUUUCUGGAUAUACUAGAGACAAUGAUUCAUGAGUUACAAUAUUCUUUGGUUCUUGCAUAAAAAUACCUCAUGUCU